CAAAGUCACUGAACUUAUUUGUGCUUGAUCCUACUCACACAUUCACAAGAGCAGAAGAUGAUCAUUGUAUCGGCCGCUUUGAAGCCUUCACUGGUUCCAUCUCCAAACCACAAAACUUUCUUCAUACUCACUAAUAAGAUCUGCGCGAACCCACUAAAGUUCUCAACCCGUCAUUCCCAAUCGUCUACAUCUCGUUCUCCGACCAUCAGGUGCAUCGGCGGUGACUGUAGCUCGGAGGAAGGAAACUCUCGCAGUUUAAAUGACCCUUUGGCUAGUAUAGUGGAUGCCAAAGUACAGGAACUUCUGGGGCGGGAAGAGAACCGGGUCUUGCUUCAGGGGUUGGAAAAAGCGACCCGGAGAGUUGAAAUCGCCAAGCAAGAGUUGGCUGAGAUUAAAAGGCAACAAAUUGAGGCCAUGGUGGCAAGAGAUUACGUUAAUCGGCUCGAAAACUCAGCUUCUGAGAUUGCAGAGUGCCAGAGAGACAUUUCAGAAGCAAAAGCUAUGCUUGAAGAGGCUGAGCGAUCUCUUAGUUCCGGAGAGGAUAUGAGAGGGGUAGUAAGCAAAGCAACGUCAAAAAAUGACGAGAGAAUGGAGUCAGUAAAAGCUGCAUUGAUUUCGGCAGUGGUUGGCACCAUUGCUGGGCUUCCUAUGUCCUUGACCCAGAUCACCACCUACCAUGAGCUGAUACUUCCUUCAGCCAUCACUUUUGUUAGUUGUGCAUUGUUUGGGGUCACGUUUCGUUACGCAGUGAGAAGAGACUUGGACAAUUUUCAGCUCAAAUCUGGAACUUCUGCGGCAUUUGGUUUUGUCAAGGGCCUUGCAACUCUAAGUGACCGUUCAGGUUUAGAGUUGGACGAUCCAGUAAACUUGUUUUCUCAUGCUCUGUAUGUCACUGAGAAUGUGUUCGUUUUUCUUUUUGCUGCUGUUGGGUUAGACUUGUGCUUUAAGUUGAAGAUUGUGAGUCCAUAUCCUGUUGACAAAUCAGCUCAAGACUAACCACUUAGAGAAAUCCCGCACAGGAAAGAAGGCUGCUUGCUUACAUGUCUCAAGAAUAUCAGACCCAGUG